ACAAAAUAGGAAAAGAAAGAAAAGAAAACCAGGCAUCAAAAUUAACAGAUUUCUGGCGUACAGGAGGACUUAUUCAUUUCUUUCUUCUUUUUCUCUUUUCCUUGAGAAGCCUGUUUUGUGUUUUCCUGUACGCCAAACAGCGUGCCUAUUGUCUUCAGAUUUUGUUUUUCUCUUGUGAUGAGCCAUGUUUAACAAUACCCUUUUCUUAUCUUCUCUUGUUUGUUUAAUUGUUGUUUUCUUCAAUCCCAUUAAUGUUGUUUUGAGUGCUAAUGAAUCAAUAAUUUUGGACUGUGGCUCAAAUGAUGGUGGCACGGAUUCGGACGGUCGAAAAUGGGAAUCGGAUGCCAAAUAUACCUCUAGUGAAUCUAAAAUGAUCAAAGCUACAGACCAGGAUUCUUCAUUACCUUCUGCAAUUCCAUACAUGACUGCCAGAGUUUUUACAAACGAAGGGAACUAUAAAUUAUCUGUUAAAAAAGCCCAGCGGUAUUGGCUUAGAUUCUAUUUCUAUGAUGCAACUUAUCCGGACCUGAAUAUUGCCACCACCUAUUUCUCUUUGGCUGCAAAUGGCAUUACCCUUCUGAAUAAUUUUAGUGCUGCAAUCACUGCUCAAGCCCUUAAAAAACCUUUCUUUUUUAAGGAGUAUUCUCUGGCUCCAAUGGAUUCUGAUAGUCUAGAACUCACAUUUAAGCCUUCGGAUAAGUAUCAUGGAAGUUUCGCUUUUAUCAAUGGUAUAGAGUUGAUUCCAAUUCCAGACUUGUUCGGUAAAGCUCCGUUGGUUGGAGCCAAGGACCAAAAUGUGGAGAUGCAGAAGUCGAAUACACAGACGAUGUACAGAUUGAACGUUGCAGGUCAUUAUAUUUCUCCCAAGGAUGACUCUGAUGGUCUAAUGAGGACUUGGUAUGAUGAUAUGCCAUAUAUAUAUGGAGCUGCUGUUGGGGCAAGUAUCGUGAUUGAUGAUAAUGAUAAAAUUGACUACAAAAAAAUGCCACAUUAUAUAGCGCCUCCUGAUGUUUACAUGACUGCAAGAUCAAUGGGACCUGAUGCUAAUGUCAAUGUGGAUUACAAUCUCACUUGGAUUUUCUACAAUAUUGAUGCCAAUUUCACAUACCUUGUGAGGUUACAUUUCUGCGAGUUCGUUAUGGAUAGUAUCAACCAGAGAGUGUUUAAUAUUUACAUCAACAAUCAAUCUGCCCAGGUAUAUCCAGAUGCAGCUGAUGUAAUUGCCUGGACAAAAGGAAAAGAUGUACCGACAUACAGAGACUAUGCUAUAUUUAUCGAUGAUAAGCCGGGUGAUAAAGAGAUUCGAGUUGCAAUUUCACCAUCACCUGCAUCAAAGCCUCAAUUUUAUGAUUCAAUUCUCAAUGGAUUAGAGAUAUUCAAGAUUGAAGGUGGAAAGAACUUGGCAGGUCCUAAUCCUAAGAUUGAAGUGGGGCCAUACAAGGCUGGAAAUAGCUUCUCCAGGUUUUUUCAGAAUGAAGACAAUAGUACCAACAUGCAUGUGAUUGGACGAGCUGCUGGCGGGGCUGCAGCAUUUGGCCUUGUGGCUUCGUUAUGCUUUGUUGUUUACCGAAAGAAGAAGAGAGGCGCUGGUUCAGAGUCAAAUACUGCAAGCUGGCUGCCAAUUUCUGGCUCCUCUCAGACAUCAGGAAGUAAAUCAACCGCCUCCGGGAAUACUGCUGGUAGUCAUAUUUCAGCAAUGGCUCAGGGUCUUUGCCGCCGCUUUUCGCUUCAAGAGAUGAAACACGCCACCAAGAAUUUCAAUGAUGAUAAUGUUAUUGGUGUUGGAGGUUUCGGAAAGGUGUAUAAAGGUGUUCUUGACGAUAAAAUGAAAGUGGCUAUCAAGAGAUCAAACCCAUCUUCAGAUCAAGGAGUUAAUGAGUUUUUCACUGAAAUUGAGAUGCUUUCAAAGCUACGACACAAGCAUUUGGUAUCUCUGAUUGGAUUCUGUGAGGAAGAUAAUGAAAUGUGUUUGGUUUAUGAUUACAUGGCACUUGGAACUCUGAGGGAGCAUCUCUAUAACACGGAAAAGAAGCCAACUCUUUCAUGGAAGCAAAGGUUGGAGAUUUGCAUUGGAGCAGCCAGGGGACUUCACUACCUCCACACAGGAGCAAAAUACACCAUCAUUCACAGAGAUGUCAAGACAACAAAUAUUCUCCUGGAUGAGAAUUGGGUUGCCAAGGUUUCAGAUUUCGGCCUGUCAAAAACUGGUCCUAACAUGGACAAAGGCUAUGUUAGUACAGUAGUAAAGGGCAGUUUUGGUUACUUGGAUCCUGAAUAUUUCCGGAGACAACAAUUGACAGAAAAAUCAGAUGUUUACUCAUUCGGAGUAGUCCUUUUUGAGGUAUUGUGUGGAAGACCUGCUCUUAAUCCUAGCCUUCCGAAAGAACAAGUCAGUCUGGCAGAUUGGGCUCUAAAUUGUAAAAGAAGAGGGAUUCUGGAGGACAUCAUUGAUCCUGAAUUAAAGGGGAAAAUCACCCCGGAAUGCUACAACAAGUUUGUGGAUACAGCUCAGAAGUGCUUGUCUGAGAAUGGAUACCAGCGUCCCUCCAUGGGAGAUGUGUUGUGGAAUCUUGAGUUUGCUCUCCAAUUGCAGGAAAACCCUGAUGCUGCAUCAACUAUUGAUAGAAGUUAUGGUUCCCAGGAAGCUCCAAUAAGCAGAGAAAGUCCCAGCAGUGACAGUGAGCCAGAAAUUUCUGAACGAUCUGAAGGCAGUAAUGCCAUCUUCUCACAGAUAGUAAAUCAAACAGGGCGAUGAUGGUAAUGUUUUUAUUAAUUUGUUGUUUGUUUUUCUGCCAUUGAGAUGUACAUGAAAGAUCAUGAAGGAUCAAGGCCAUGGUACUCUAGAUCUCUAGCAUGUUCAACCAGUUAAAAUUCUUUCUAUUCAAAAAAAGGGUGUGCUUUUAA